AUGUAUGAAAGUAGAAACAAUUCAGUCCCAAGAUCAUUAUAGUAAUUGCAGUACUUGAAACAAUAUCAUAUCAUGGAUAUUUCAAAUGAUAAACAAUAGAUUUCUAAUUAUCUUGACAUUUUAAAUUAGGAAACAGAUGUAUAUUAUCUAUUUGAUUCUUUUCAUUCUCUUUUGAAUUCCGUUAAAUAAGCUGAGGAAACAAAGAUUACUAAUAAACCAAGAUAAAAUACAAUUGAUUGGUGGAAAUUAACUAAUUAAUCAUAUAGUUGGGCAGGUUUGAAAAAUAUCAAAGGGAUUUCAAACACUCCAUCCAAGAUCAGAGAAACUAAUGAUAGUAAUCAUGCUAGAUAAAUUGGAUAAGUUGAAUUGUAGGUUUUCAGUGAAAAGGAUCUCUAAAAUAAUAAGUAAGAUAGAAUUCUGCUUAGUGUAUAUUAACUGUAAAAUAAGUAUUAUAAAUGUCAUAUGGGAUUCUGUCAAUUAUAGAAAUUGGAAGGGUAAGUAGUAAACAUUAAUAAAUUAUAUAUAGCUAAAUGGUAUAGAAAAGUAGGCAAUUAUUUUGAAUUAAUAUAAGAAUUUAUUAAAUAUAUCUUGUCUGUGUUGUAGGCACAAAGAGUUAAGAUUAAGAUAAAUUCUAGUUAAGGAUCAUAAAUUAAGUAUCUCUAAUAAUUAGGGUUUAAAUUAUCCUAAACUAUUUCAUUAAUAAAUGAUCUAAAAAUAUUUACUUUAAUUUUAGACAAAUAAUGA